AUGGAAGUCCGGUUUGAAUCGACGGUUUUGACCGAUGACCCGAAACAUGGUGUCCGCCACCAAGUCCUACCUUUGGGAGUGAAGCGUCCUGAUGCGGUGCAGACUUCGACGGAGUCUGCCUUCUUUGUCGAGAAGCAUCACACGAAGAUCAAGAAAUCGGCCAAAGCGUCGUUCGUUCCCGAAGUGGCGGAGGCAAUGCUUAAUGAUGAGAACACAGCGCUUCUUAGCCUUCUUCCGGAUCUCCUGGAUGCGGCGAACCACAAGGUCGAGGGUAUGUGCAAGAUUCUUAAAAACGCCGCGAAUCCAGAUCAUUUCACCAAGAAAGUGAUCGAGUCUCCACUCGCCUUUAACAGUGCCCUGUCGCUGACGAUGGCGGCAGGUGGGGAAGCGAUUGAUGAGAUCGCCCAGUUGCAUGCAAUCAACCGUGUACUGUGUGCGACUAAUCCAGCUGAGGACAACACGUUUAACACGAAAUGGAAGAAGCUGAUGGGUUCAGCUGUCCCUUCCAAGCGUGGUGGCAUAUUCAGUCUGUGCGCCAAGUGGUGGACGUCGUCCCCAGAUAUCGAGGAGUUAUCUCGUGCGUCGAAAGCACUGGGCAUGUUCGAGAUUGUGCUUAUGUCCAUCGCCCCCGUCAUCUUUGCCAACGAUCACUGGAUCCAGUACAUCACUGGUCAGCCAGUCGAGUGGAUCCCGGCGCAUCACACGCGUCUUCUACAUCCGAAUGCCCUCCUUCGACUUUUGCGGUCCGAGCUGGGGGUUCACUGCAUGCAGCAAUGGAGAGAAGUACAGUGGCAAGGCCACCUUCUUGACACACUCGAGGUUCUUCAGCAGCUCGACGGUUUCUACCCAGUGGACUCUUCUGUACUGCAGCUUCGAGCUGUUGAUGGAGAAGUCACGAUGAUAGCGGGUAUUUAG